AUGGCGAUGCGGUUAACUAUCCUGGCCACUGGCCUCCUCCUUGGCUCUGCACAAGCUUUGACCACUGAGGGCAUGCUUGCUGCGCCUCGUAGAAGUACUGGAAGUCUGAGUCCCAAAGGUGACCGAGCACUCUUCUCGUCGACCAGCUACAAUUGGACAACUGCAAAGGCUACGACCGGCUGGUACUUCCUCGAUGUUGAGAGCGGAAAUACGACUAAGGCACCUUUUGGAAGCGAGGUCUCCGAAGUCGUCUGGAUCGGCGAGACAGAAGACAGCAUUCUGUACUUGAACUCUAGCAACGAGGAGAUUCCUGGCGGUGUGACACUCUACACAGCUGACCUGAGUGGCGAGUUCAACCCCUCAUUAGUAGCAUCUUUGGGCGCACCAUUCUCAGGUCUCAAGGCUGCAAAAUCUGCUGAUGGCUCUCUGAACUGGGUUGCAAACACCCUCGCGUACUGGGGCAAUGGCUCUGCCUACAACCCUGAACUUGUCGCCAAGCCUAAGUCGGCAGGACAGCUGUACGAUGCCAACUUCGUCCGCCACUGGAACUACUAUAUCACCGAACAGCGAUAUGCCGUAUUCAGCGGUAGUCUUGCUAAGACAAACGGUAGUUACUCCUUCGACGGAAAGAUUACCAACCUGCUGAAAGGCAUCAACUCGACCAUCACGCACCCAGAAAGCCCAGUCCAGGGGUCUUCGAGCGACCCAAGUGACUACGAAAUCUCGCCCGAUGGCAGCAAGGUGGCCUUCCGCAGCAAGUCCCCUGAUCUCCCCAAGGCCAACUACACAGCCAGCUACAUCUAUGUCGUACCGCACGAUGGUUCUGAGGUUGCGGUCGCUAUCAACGGACCUGGUACGACCGCCCCCGAGACUGCUCAGGGUGCUUCAGGCUACCCAGUUUGGUCGCAUGACAGCAAGAAGCUGGCAUAUGGCCAGCAAGACGGCAUUGACUACGAGUCUGACCGCUUUAAGCUCUAUGUUGCAGAUAUCGACGGCCUGAACUCUGAGGUUCAUUCGGUCGCAGAAGACUGGGACUCGUCACCUUCUGGUCUCAAAUGGAGUCCCGACGAUGCUGAUCUCUGGGUCGUCUCCGAGCUCCACGCUGCGAAUCGCCUCUGGCUCGUUCCUCACGAUGCUCCUGCUGACUUCAAGCCCGUGAACUUCACUGGACCUGAUACGGUGCUAUCCGACUUUGACAUUCAUCCAGAUGGCUCUGCAUUUGUAUCGGCCGCUGCCUCGUGGACAAGCCGUAUCUUCUACAAGCAGUAUCCUAAGGAAGACAAGGAGAUCAUUUUCACCGCUAACAAGGUCGACCCAGAGCUCGCUGGUCUCCUGCCAAACUCGACCUCCAACUUUUGGGUAGAGAACGAGGAUGGCGAUCAAGUUCAGUCUUUCGUCUUUUACCCUACCGGCUUCAAUCCCGAAGAGAAGUACCCGUUGAUGUUCAUCAUCCACGGUGGUCCCCAAUCCACCCAGGGUGACAAUUGGAGCGUGCGUUGGAACCUGCGUCUUUGGGCCGACCAAGGCUUUGUGGUCGUGGUUACCCAAUUCACCGGCUCCCCGUCUUACAGCCAGGCCUUCACUGACAAGAUUCAAGCCAACUGGGGCGGUUCGCCUUACAAUGACCUUGUCACCGUCUUCAAUCACAUCAAGGCCAACAUCAGUUACAUUGACACUGACCGUGCCAUCGCCGGCGGCGCGUCGUUCGGCUGCUACAUGACGAACUGGAUUCAGGGCCAAGCUCUGGGUCGCGAGUUCAAGGCCCUCGUCUGCCACGACGGCAAGGUCAACCAAGUUGCCAGUUACUCGACCGAUGAGCUGUGGUUUAUCCAGCGCGACAACAACGGCACUAUCUGGAGUGACCGCACCAACUACGAGAAGUGGGACCCUAUCAUCCACUCGGCGAACUUCAGCACCCCUGAGUUCAUCAUCCACAACGAUCUUGACUACCGUGUAUUGAUCUCGGAGGGUCUGCAGACUUUCAACAUCUUGCAGAGCCUUGGUGUGCCGAGUCGUUUUUUGCACUUCCCCGACGAGGGUCACUGGGUUACGAAAAGGGAUAACAGCUUAUUGUGGCACAAGAGCAUCUUCAACUGGAUCAGAUACUAUGCUGGUCUGGAUGAUGAGCUUAUUCAGGAAGGUGUCAUCCACCAAUAG